UGAUAACUGCGAACCGUUCGAACCAUUGAUACUUUUUGUGCGCUUGUUCGGAUCGGAAGUUUUAAUCGGGACGGGAACUUAGCAAACGAUUAAUGUAGUUAGUUUCUCUUCAAUGUUUCCCGUUUUUUCGUCUCUUCAAGAACCCUCAAUAAUUUAACAAUUCUCAUUUUCUAAAACCUCGUGGCUCGUGAGCGAUAGUAUUUAAGUGAAGUCUGGUAUCAGGGAGUGCUGCAUCUUUAUCUGUCACGCUUCAGCAAUGGCAACCCCUUUCAAAUUCAAUGCUCCAAUGUUUACUGAUUUUUUGUCGUCAGAUCAAGACGACAUUAAUAGACUAGAUAAAUUUUUCUGUACAAAUGAUGAUCUUUCUUCCAAACCUGUCACCCGCAUAUCAAUUAAGCAGGAAAUUGCUUCUCCUCGAAUUGGCUCUUCUGAUAAACGUAAAAGCUUGUCUUUGAACAGUCUCCAUAUCAAAGAAGAAACAAAAUCACCAUCGCCUGUUGCUCCGGUAAACAAACGUAGAAGUCCUCGGUCAGCAACGCGUAAUUACACAGAUGAUUCCAACAGAUGCCGAUCCAGGUCAAGAAGCUGUGUGUCCUCUCAAAAACCAGAGCUUUCAGAUCCAAGCAACCAUGAGAGCAUUUUGAACCAAGCUCUUGAACAUUUAACUGUAUCAGCGAAGAAGAAGAAAUUGCCAGGACAAAAUAUAUACAACGGUAUUCAGUUAGACCCAUCUGUAUUAGCAUCAAGUAACAAAGAACACCCAAUGAUGACACGUCGGGAUAAAAUUAUCAAAACUCCUGUAUUGGUCCUACGCACUCGCUCAGUGUUGAAGUCAGCCGAAAAAAUUAAUCCGUCAGCUUCUGAGAAACGGAGCCAAGCAGCUAAACAAGAGGAGGCAGGUAGCAGGAAACGCAAAUCUCUCCAACCUUUGGAGGCUCUGUGCCUUCCGCUUUUUAGCAAUCAAGCAUCUUCAGAAGUAGACACCGCAGAUGUUGAAAUGCAGGAUGGAAUUGUCCAGAUGAAAAUUCCUAAACAUCCCCAAGACGAUUGUGUGCAAUUAUCGUGCCCGCCUCCCAGGAAAAGCACUGUCACUUUCUCUGAUGUGAAGUAUGAACCAAAGAAGCCUGAUGUGCACACAGACUCGAAAGGCCCCUACAAUUUCAGCGCAAAACCUGAUGCAGGAAGUAUAUUCCCAGUCACUCGUAAACGCCUCGUUCUGACAGAACCAAAAACUCCACAAUUGAGAACUGCUCGUAGAAGUGUGGCGAGGACAAAUAAUAGAGUUGCAGUUAUCAACUCAGCUGGUGGAAGUCAGACUUUCAAAUUUCAAACGGUGCUUCAUACGGGUGUGCCAGCCAAUAUCAAAUCUGGCCCAACGGAAGUUAAACCUUUCAGCUUUGAGGAAAGAGAUAAGCAGAUGCUGUUGAAAAAAGAACAAAAAAUAAAGCAGAUGUUGGAGGAAGAAAGAAAAAAAGCUGAAUUUCAUGCCAAUCCAUUGCCAUCAUAUCUCAAUGUCAAAAAAGAGAUACCUAUCCCCAGCACUCGCAGCUAUACUCUCAGCAAACGCCGCACUCUCUACAAAUUCGAACUGAACGAAAAAGAAAACCCUGCACCUCUGCCUUUCAAAGCCCAACCCCCGACGGUGCUCCAGAAAGACCCAUUCAUACCCAAGAAGGCAGAUCGACCCUUACUAGAAAUCCCUGACUUCGAACUGAAAACUGAAAGAAGGGCCCGAGAAAGAGAGCAGUUUGAAAUAACCAUGAAAGAACGGGAAGCACAAAUGGAGAUGGCCCUCAGAGAGCGAGAAGCGGAACGUAAAAGGCAAGAGGAACGAGAAAUUGCUAUGAUGCGGCAACAGGCUGUUCACAAGGCGCAACCUGUCCCUAAAGUAAAGCCACCCCAGAUCAAGCCAUCGAUGAAGCCCUUAACUAACCCGGUAUCACCUAAAUUCUCCUCUCGGUUCACUCGGCAAGAGAACUGAUCCUAUCUUUAUUCCUAAUUUCAUCUAAUCUCUCAACGUGUACAAGAAUCCUGCAUGAGAAACGCAGAAUAUCUUCCGAGGCAUGCUUUAAGCAUUGUUACAUAAGAUAAUUUUAAUCCGAUUUUCUACUCGUUUUUACUAAGAGACAGCUGGACCCUCUUUUUAGUAUGUACAUUUUUUGUUAAAUUUUAUAUUUUAUUUUAGUUGAUAGCACGUAUAUGUUGCCUUAAGAUAAUUCUUAAGGCAAUAAAACCGAGGAAAAUGAUCUGGAAAUAAUCGUACGAAAAGUAGAAACAAAUGAUAGACUUUGAUAGUAAAGUUAGGUACAACAGUCAAUCAGAAUCAACUCUGAAGAUGGGAAAGCAAUCUCCAGAGCAUAUAUGUCUUUUAAAAAUUUUGAUAAUCAAUUUUCAUCUUAAAAAAAAAAUGGACCAGAAAUGACAAGGAAGAAGUGCUGAGUGCAGAUAAAUUAUGAAGCAAAUCUCAUUCUGAUCAUUGAUCUCAUUGACAUACAAUAUCAAACACUAUGCUCAGAGCCUUUAACAAUACACUGGGAGCUUCAAGUUCUACACAGAUGAAAACAUGGAAAAAGGAGAAAAAAAUAUCAAUAAUGGGAGGGGGUUGUAAAUAGAUUGUAAAAUGGAAAUAGCACGUGCAAGAAAAAAGUCAGAUUACUUUGAAAAAUAAUGAAGUCCUCAAAAAUUGUCAGCUUUUAAAAAUCUGUGCAUUACUCACGUUCAUUAUUCUUGUAUUUACCUCUGAGUUUUGAACUCUACAUAUUAGGAACUUCCCUUUUCAUACCAAAUUGAAAAUGUCUCUUUUUUUCUCCUUUCACAGUCCUUGCCAAAUGAGUUUAUGCAUUUCUAGACUACGACAUAAGAUCAGUUAUCCUGAUUCUUCCAUUUGCUUUACAUGUAAAAGUGAUGUCAGACAAGCUUCUGUCGCAGUCUAAAAAUCUAUAAACUCAUUUGGCAUGUGGACUCUAAAACCAUGUCAAAAUCAAUUCUAAGUUAAGCCCCCUAAAUUUUUAUUUGAAAUUUAUAUUUUCAUAUU